AUGUCAACUGCAUCAGUUUCUAAUCCAACUUUACGUACAUACGAAAGUGGGAUUAAACCAUACUUCGACCAACAAAUCCAAGAGACUGAAUUAAAGAUUCGUUCCAAAACUGAAAAUCUACGUAGAUUGGAAGCUCAGCGAAAUGCCUUAAAUGAUAAAGUCCGUUUUAUUAAGGAUGAAUUACGUCUUUUACAAGAACCAGGUUCAUACGUUGGAGAAGUUAUUAAAGUGGUAUCAGAUAAGAAAGUCUUAGUGAAAGUUCAACCAGAAGGUAAAUAUAUUGUUGAUGUAGCUAAGGAUAUUGACAUUAAAAAUUUGAAGCCAUCUCAAAGAGUUUGUUUGAAAAGUGAUUCUUAUAUGUUACAUAAGGUGUUGGAGAAUAAAUCCGAUCCAUUGGUUUCUCUGAUGAUGGUGGAAAAAGUUCCAGAUUCCACUUAUGAUAUGGUUGGUGGGUUAACGAAACAAAUCAAGGAAAUUAAAGAAGUCAUUGAGUUACCAGUGAAACAUCCUGAGUUAUUUGAAAGUUUAGGUAUUGCUCAACCAAAGGGUGUUAUUUUAUAUGGUCCACCAGGUACAGGUAAGACAUUAUUAGCAAGAGCAGUGGCGCAUCAUACAGAUUGUAAAUUUAUUAGAGUCAGUGGUGCAGAAUUAGUUCAAAAAUAUAUUGGGGAAGGUUCUCGUAUGGUGAGAGAAUUAUUCGUUAUGGCUAGACAACAUGCUCCAUCUAUUAUCUUUAUGGAUGAAAUUGAUUCCAUUGGUUCUAGUCGUGUAGAAGGUGGUUCCGGUGGUGGUGAUUCUGAAGUUCAAAGAACUAUGUUAGAAUUAUUAAAUCAAUUAGAUGGGUUUGAGACGUCUAAGGAUAUUAAGAUUAUUAUGGCUACGAAUAGAUUAGAUAUUUUAGAUCCAGCGCUUCUUAGACCUGGUAGAAUAGAUAGAAAGAUUGAAUUUCCACCACCUACUGUUGCAGCAAGAGCUGAGAUUUUAAGGAUUCAUUCUAGGAAGAUGAAUUUGACAAGAGGUAUUAAUCUAAGAAAAGUGGCGGAAAAGAUGAAUGGUUGUUCAGGUGCAGAUGUUAAAGGUGUUUGUACAGAAGCAGGUAUGUAUGCAUUAAGAGAAAGAAGGAUACAUGUUACCCAAGAAGAUUUCGAACUAGCAGUGGGUAAAGUAAUGAACAAGAACCAAGAGACUGCAAUCUCUGUAGCCAAGUUAUUCAAGUAG